UCUGCAUUUUCAUUAAACAUCCUGCAUUCAAAACAUAUGCGUAGUAUUUUCUUUCUUUUCUUGAAGAAUGUGACAGCAACAACAAAUUUCCUACAGAAUCAUUUCGAAGAUUAUCUUUACAAAAUAACAGUUUAUGUUGUGCCAGAAGAAGAAUAUACAUUUAAGGUGUAUGCUGUAAAUGAAAAUCAAAUGAAAGGAGAACAUAUUAUGGUUACACAAGUUGCUCCAGCAGGAGUUCCUGCAAACAUCGAAGAAACUCUAGAUAUUGCUGUCAUCGCACUACAACGGGAAAAGGCUGUCGGUGAAAGACAAAUUACGCUUACAUUAGUCCGUGACUUUUUUGAAGAGUCAACAAAUGGCAAAGUACAAGCCACUGGUCUCAUUGUGUGUAUUAACAACUGCGACCUUGACGGCGGUGUGAAAAUAACCGAUGUGAAUGCGAUGGAAAAUUGGGCGGGAGCAUCAAAAAAAGGUUCGAUGUCAUAUCGGGCAACAACUCCAGAAUGGCUGGAUAAAGCUCAUACUCAAUGUGCAUGUGGAAGAAAUAAACGGGAAGUCACAAAUAUUGAGUACAUUGUUGGCAGUGAGGAUUGUACAAAUGUCUCGCCAGAUGAAUUUUGUAAUGGUCCUCUUAAACCAGGGACAAGUUAUAAGUUUGUAGCAUUUAGCUGUACAAACGGAGGAUGUCUUUUUAGUCGACAGUAUGGACCAUUUACAACAGCUAAAUCAGAAGCGGUUCCAUGCGAUGCUGUAACAGGCAGCACACAGACUGUCAUCGUUGGAGUUGUACUCGGUCUGGUUAUUGUCGUUCUUCUAGUAUAUGCUGGUUUUAUGACUUAUCUAGUCAGAAGGUACAGGGCUAAAGAUGAACAAGAAAUAAAACUUGACAAUGGAAAAGAUCGUAAGAGUCAAACAUAUGUUAAUGAAACAUUCAUGACCGGUUCAGCAUCAAAUACAUCGGGAAACUUAAACGUUGAUUCAGGAGUUGAGAGCGUAUAUUCCAGACUCGAUGACAAUGUUAGAGAAGACAAAACAACAUAUGAAAGUCUUAGACCUUGACAUAAUACGACGUAUUUGCUUUUAGUGCCAGAAAAAACUCACCUUUUCUUCAUAUACAUGUACUAUAAACAAGCGUAUAAUAUGCAAAUAAGUAUGGAUUUUGUAGCUGGUGAAUAUGAUGUGAUAUGUACUGAAAAAAAAUUCUUGACCUAGGCGAUGGCUUGUCUACUUUUUUCUAUAAAUUGGCCCUGUCUUUUAAAUGAGGCAUUAGCAUUCGUAUUCGUAUUGUUCUUAAAAAUGUAAAGACGGUAACUAGAAUAGACUUAUUUGACUCUUAUUAAAGAGUCAUUAAACGUUUGUUGUUGUUUGUUUUUUCCCAGAAUAAUAACAACAUUCUUGGCGCAACGUCACGCCAUAGUCUCGCGUCUCUCGAGGGAUUUCCAGAAAAUCUAUAUUGAGAAGAAAAACCGAAAAUCUAUUUUUAGGAAAAAACAGUGAAUAUACACUGAUAUUGACCUGUUAUUUUUUACAAAAAGAUGGUUGUAAGCCAAUCAGAGAAAGCCAAUUUUAAAGCUUUUUAUAGAUUAUAUAAUAAAUAAUAUUAUGAAUGCUUAUUUUAAAAAAAACAUUUUGUAUGCUAAUUUGAUGUACAAAUGUUUCAUAUAAAUAAAAUAGAGUUAUCAAUAAGACUAAGUCAUGAGGCAUUUGCGCUAUUGUCAAAACGAAUAACACA